CCUUUUAGGGACAGUGGAAGGUGCCAUGGACUUGAUCUUGAUCAAUUCUCUACCUCUUGUUUCUGAUGCUGAAACAUCUCUUACCUGCAUUGCCUCUGGAUGGCACCCCCAUGAGCCCAUCACCAUAGGAAGGGACUUUGAAGCCUUAAUGAACCAGCACCAAGAUCCACUGGAAGUUACUCAAGAUGUGACCAGAGAAUGGGCUAAAAAAGUUGUUUGGAAGAGAGAAAAGGCUAGUAAGAUCAAUGGUGCUUACUUCUGUGAAGGACGAGUUCGAGGACAGCCAAUAAGGAUACGGACCAUGAAGAUGCGUCAGCAAGCUUCCUUCCUACCAGCUACUUUAACUAUGACUGUGGACAGGGGAGAUAAUGUGAAUAUAUCUUUCAAAAAGGUGUUGGUUAAAGAAGAAGAUGCAGUGAUUUACAAGAAUGGUUCCUUCAUUCAUUCAGUUCCCCGGCAUGAAGUACCUGAUAUUUUAGAAGUGCACCUGCCUCAUGCUCAACCUCAGGAUGCUGGAGUGUACUCGGCCAGGUAUAUAGGAGGAAACCUCUUCACCUCAGCCUUCACCAGGCUGAUAGUCCGGAGAUGUGAAGCUCAGAAGUGGGGACCUGAAUGUACCCGUUUCUGUACUGCUUGUAUGAACAACGGUGUCUGCCAUGAAGAUACUGGGGAAUGCAUUUGCCCUCCUGGGUUUAUGGGGAGAACCUGUGAGAAAGGUAAGUGAGGAGUACUUGAUGAGUAAGCUAUGGGUUUAUUGAUUCAUUGACUGACUGGUUUCUUAAAACAGGGUCUCACUAUGUAACCCAGGCUGGUCUCAAACUCUUGAUCCUCCUGCUUCAGCCUCCCAAUUUAAGGAAUUAUAGGUAUGUACCAC